AUGGCUCAAAGCAUCUGGGCAAUUCCUCUUCAGACGACAAACUUCAACAUCGUAGUCGCUUUGUUGGGUGGAUUCAUCUCCAUUUUUGGUCUUGUCUCAUACCUCCUCAAAGAGAACUACUACCUCUCCGAAGCCCUCAUCUCACUCGUAGCAGGUGUCGCCUUUGGUCCGAAUGGCGCAAACUUCAUCCGGCCAGAGGACUAUGCUGGGUGCCAUGUUCUUUCGAGGGAGGCUUGCGAAGCAGACCUCAGUGCCAUAACGCUCAAUUUUUCACGCUUGGUUCUCGGUGUCCAGCUUGUUCUUGCCGGUGUACAACUCCCAAGCAAGUAUCUUGUACGAGAAUGGAAGUCGAUUUCACUUCUCCUUGGUCCGGGCAUGACGUCCAUGUGGUUAGCUACCAGUGUUCUCGUAUGGGCGCUAGCAGGCCAGCCUCCGUUUCUUCACGCCCUCGCUAUCGGAUCUUGUGUGACGCCUACAGACCCUGUCCUCAGCGCCGUGAUAGUCAAGGGCAAAUUCGCAGAUAACAACAUCCCCCAGGACCUUCAGUGCCUCAUCACGGCGGAAUCAGGCGCAAAUGACGGCCUCGGAUAUCCGUUCCUGUUCCUGGCCUUGUAUCUUAUCAAGUUCACUGGCGCGGGUGCUACGUCCGGAGGAGCCGGCGAUGCCAUGGGUCUCUGGUUUGUCAUGACAUGGGGCUACACCAUCAUUCUCAGCGUUAUAUAUGGCGCCGUUGUGGGUUGGGUUGGCAAAGAGCUGCUUCACUUUGCCGAGAAGCACAAUUAUGUCGAUCGCGAGAGUUUUCUCGUGUUUGCUAUCGCGCUUGCGCUGUUUGUCUUGGGAACAUGCGGUAUGAUCGGUACAGAUGAUGUACUCGCAUGCUUCAUCGCAGGCAAUGUAUUCACAUGGGAUGACUGGUUCCGCCUCGAGACUAAAGAUGAUUCACUACAGCCAACAAUCGACAUGCUUCUCAACGUAACCAUCUUCCUGUGGUACGGCGCCUACAUCCCUUGGAGCGACUUCAACAACACCACUGUCAUUUCCAUUGAGCGACUUGUGGCUUUGGGCAUUUGCGUUCUUCUCUUGAGGAGACUCCCAUGGGUAUUCGCCAUGCACAAGUGGAUUCGCCAGAUUGAAGAGGUGAAGCAGGCUGUCUUUGUCGGCUUCUUUGGGCCGAUUGGUGUAUCAGCCAUUUUCUACCUAUUCAUCACCAUCGAGUUCAUCGAGGAACAUCUCAGCGAUGAAGACGGUCAUCCGAGAAGUGAUGUAAAAGAUUUCGCCGAGCAGACGCGUAUCAUAGUCUGGUUCCUGACGGUUUGCAGUAUUGUUGUUCACGGUCUGAGUAUCCCAGUUGGAAAACUAGGAUACCUUGUCCCUAGAACAUUAAGUCAAGCGGUCAGUGAUAGUGUGAUCAACACACCAGAGGAUUCGCUCCGACGAAGGAUUCCAUUGAUUGGGAAAUACUUUGGUCGCAACGAGAGCCCUCGUAGACCGACUGGACCAAUUGUUAUUACUGGUGGUCGAAGUCUUCGUGCCGAGUCACACAUACAUGCCGGCGAUGAGACGCCGCCUAUCAGAAGAGAGAUUCGAUUUGGUGAUGAGGUAUGA